AUGUCCCUUGAACAUAUCAGCACACCAGUUCGCAUUUCAGCGCCAUUCGUCAUGCAGCCACUCGAGGUCCUGGAUUUGGAGGAAGAAGACAAUGUCUUGGAAGCUGAUCAUGAAGAUGAAGAUGAUGAAGAGGAGUGA